CACACUGAACCUCUCAGCUGUUUCUUACUUUAACUAAUUUGUAUUUAUUUGGCCAUUUUUGUUUAUUGAAAAAAAGAAAUCACAGUUUAGACAGACUCCGUCCAAACUCCUCGUCUUCCACACCCAAAAAACUUGUUCGAAAAAAUGGCCGAGAUAAAGGAAGUGGUCGUAGUUGUAAAGUGGAGUGGAAAGGAGUACCCGGUGGACCUCACUGACCAAGACACCGUGGAGAUGCUGCGCCACGAGAUUUACCGUAAGACUCAGGUCCGGCCAGAGCGGCAAAAGCUACUUAAUCUGAAAUACAAAGGAAAGACGGCUGCUGACAAUAUAAAGAUAAGCGCCCUUGAGUUGAAACCGAACUUUAAGCUCAUGAUGGUUGGCUCUACGGAGGCGGACAUCGAAGACGCAUGCAGUCUGCCUGACGACGUUGGCGAGGUUAUAGACGACUUCGACGAUGCUGAGGAUCGCGAGGAGUCUGUAGAGAACUCGGCCGUUUACCUCGCCAAGGUUCAGCGUCGUGUUCGCGACUACAAAAUAAAGGAACUGGCUCCGCCUCGCGAGGGCAAAAAAUUACUUGUCCUGGACAUAGACUACACACUUUUCGACCACCGCUCUCCGGCCGAAACAGGCACAGAGCUUAUGCGCCCGUACCUGCACGAGUUUCUGGCAUCCGCCUACGAGGACUAUGAUAUCGUGAUCUGGUCGGCCACCAGCAUGCGCUGGAUUGAGGAGAAGAUGCGCCUGCUGGGCGUAACCAACAAUGAUAACUACAAGGUCAUGUUCUACCUCGACUCUAACGCCAUGAUCUCUGUGCAUGUACCGGAGCGUGGAGUGGUUGAUGUGAAGCCGCUGGGCGUGAUCUGGGCCCUGUACAAACAGUACGACUCGAGCAACACAAUUAUGUUUGAUGACAUUCGGCGCAACUUCCUGAUGAAUCCCAAGUCGGGUCUUAAGAUCCGACCGUUUCGGCAGGCCCAUCUCAACCGUGCCACCGACACUGAGCUGCUCAAACUUUCCGAGUACUUGCGAAAGAUCGCACUCCACUGUAAGGACUUCAACUCCCUGAAUCACCGCAAGUGGGAACACUACCACCCUAAGAAGAACGCCUGAGCCGCAUCCUCUCUAAACUCGCAAAAUCUCUGAUCCGAUCACAAUUGUUUGUAAGAUUCGCAUAAGUUUAUUAAAUUAAGAUGCAUUUUGUA